AGGGUUGUUUUGACUCGGUCCUUUUUAUUUUCCUUUCUUCCCCUCUUUCGCUAUCGAGAGCCCCCUCGCGUUUGUUCGCUCAACCGGCGCCUUGCUAAAUCAGGAGAACCAAAAAAAAAGGGUAAUCCAGAGGAGCUUAUGCUCGUGGGCCACACGUAAAAUGCUGAUCGGCUUUGGAGAGGACUCGCAUCUCUUUGAAGCCGUUGGAUGACGAGACAAGUUGCGGAAGUGAACCACGCGCCCACAAGCGUAAGCCAGUAGAGUGGUAGCCCGAGGCGCACGAUAAACACUGGCUCUUCUCUAAGUCGGCUAGAGAACGCCGAACUCCCCAACGGUGCGUUCUUGUCAUGUCAACCCUCACCCCUUUCCGAGGGGCAAAAACAUUAAAAAAGAAAGAAAGAAAAAACACGAACAGCUCCAUUUGCGCCUCUCUCCUUUUCUUCCCUUUUUUCUCUCCUUUUCUCAUUCUCUCUUGGAAUUGGAAUUGGAUUGCUGUAUGGAAUAUUGCAUAACGCCGGGAUCCGCGUUUCUCGAUCACAGCAACCAAUCCAAUUGGUUAUCUUCUCCUCCUCUAACCCAUCACCAACUUUGCAUUUCUCUCUCCCUGUAAUUUUCCUUUUCUUUUUCUGUUGUUUUCCAUCAUUUGCCUCUUCUUGUUGUGUCCAUCUUCUUAAUUUAUUCGUUUUAUUAUUGGUAUAAAUUAUAAGGAUUUUGAUUGACAAUACAUGGAAGACUAGAGGUAGUGGAUGAUACAUUCUGGUUUUGAGGAAUCUGUCUUGACGAUUUGAGGAGAGGUGGUGGUGAACAAUGUCCACCAGGAGUGAACAUCAAACUGUCCCGCUCUCGGUGCUGUUGAAGCGGGAAUUGGCCAGUGAGAAGAUUGAGAAACCUGAUAUUAUACAUGGACAGGCCAGCCAAAGCAAGAAAGGGGAGGACUUCACUUUACUCAAGACCGAAUGCCAAAGGGUGGUUGGAGAUGGGGUUUCUACAUACUCGGUUUUUGGGCUAUUUGAUGGACAUAAUGGAUCUGCAGCUGCUAUAUACUCAAAAGAGAAUCUUCUAAACAAUGUUUUAGCUGCUAUUCCUCCAGAACUUAGCAGAGAUGAGUGGGUAGCUGCCUUACCUAGGGCUUUGGUUGCAGGGUUUGUUAAGACAGAUAUAGAUUUCCAAGAGAAAGCACGAACUUCAGGAACAACUGUUACCUUUGUUAUAAUAGAAGGAUGGGUGGUAACUGUUGCUUCCGUUGGUGAUUCACGGUGCAUACUUGAAUCUGCUGAAGGUGAUAUAUACCAUUUGUCAGCAGACCAUAGACUUGAAUGCAAUGAAGAGGAGAGAGAUCGUAUCACUGCAAGUGGGGGUGAGGUCGGUCGACUGAAUACAGGUGGUGGUGCAGAGAUUGGUCCUUUGAGAUGCUGGCCUGGUGGUUUGUGCCUUUCCCGAUCCAUUGGUGAUAUGGAUGUUGGAGAGUUCAUUGUUCCGGUUCCUUAUGUAAAGCAAGUGAAGUUGUCUACUGCUGGUGGUAGGCUCAUAAUUUCAAGUGAUGGUGUCUGGGAUGCUUUAUCACCUGAAAUGGCUUUUGAUUGUUGUCGUGGGAUGCCGGCAGAUGCAGCAGCUACUCAAGUUGUUAAGGAAGCUUUACAUGUAAAGGGACUGCGAGAUGAUACAACUUCCAUUGUGAUUGAUAUACAACCACCAGAAAAGGUACCUGCUGCUCCUUUGCCACCACCAAAGAAGCAGGGAAAAGGGGUUUUCAAGUCCAUGUUUCGCAAGAAGCCAUCAGAGUCAUCUUCUCAUGUUGACAAAGAAUAUAGUGAACCAGAUGUGGUGGAGGAGUUAUUUGAGGAAGGAUCUGCUAUGCUUGCCGAAAGGCUAGAUGCGAAAUACCCGAUAUGCAACGUGUUUAAGUUGUUCAUGUGUGCAGUUUGUCAAGUAGAGAUGAAACCUGGAGAGGGUAUAUCUAUACACGCUGGUUCAUCUAAUGCAGGAAAAUUACGCCCCUGGGAUGGCCCCUUCCUUUGCUCAAGUUGCCAGGAGAAGAAAGAAGCCAUGGAAGGGAGAAGAGGAGGUAUGCCAACUCCUCUCUCACUCUCUCUAUCUCUCUUCUCUCUCUUCACAGAUUGAUUAACUCUAAUGCGGGAAAACCUUCUUGGUUGGUUAUGUUUGAUUUCAGAUGGAUCUAGAUAUAGUAGUGGAAGUGACUAGCCAAUCCUCCUCAACUACAUUUGCAUUCCACGAGCACUAACAAUUAUUUAUUUAAUAGCUUAAAUCGGAAACAGGGACCUCUCUUUCCCCUCCAUUUCCUUUUGAGGGAUUCGAGCAUUUGGAUUCAUUUUGAUAUUCUAUUUCAGCAACCAUCAAGAUCUCUUUCUAAUGUUUCCAAGCUGAGCCAGAAAACUGGAGUUAGAGCUGGUUAUUUGUUGUCUGAGAAUCUGUUUCCAACUUGGGAAGCGACAACACAUUCUGCCUAGGCCCCUUUGAAAGAUGUGUGGAAAGUCUUGAACAACUCACCACUGCACUAAAAGGCACUUGAGGUGAUAAAUAUUUAGUUCUGUAUCCAUUCCAUUGUAUACUGGUUCUUCCAUUUCAUAGAGCUAACAGUGAAUGCAAUCAGCCUUCAGUAUUUUAUUACUCUAUGUAGAGAGUUUCUAUAAGAACUCUAACACGGAUUCAUUCCGAUCUCUGGAAAAACUCGUGCGAUCAGCUUUCAGAAUUGAAUUUGUUCAUGUGUUAUUGA